UAGACUUCCCUACAGAAUCAUUUCCGGUGUGUCUCCUCUGCUGUCAUGGCGGUCUGCUUCAGUUCUGGCUGUGCGCUGCUCCGUCGGUCGUUUCGGGGACUUUACAGCCUGCAGAGACGGACGCGGGGAGCUUUUGCCGAUGCUACGGAAAACAAAAACUCGGCGAUUUUGGAGUCGACGGAGGAAUAUAAAUUUGUGGAGCGGCUCAUCCCUCCGAUCCGCGUCCCUGACCCGCCCCGACACUCUGGACCGGCGCCGUCCGGGUGGGUCGCUCCGGCCGAGGUUCCCCCUGCGCUGCCAUACAUGAUCCGCCGCUCCCGCAUGCACAACGUGCCCGUCUACACCGACCUAAAGUCCGGCAGCCGCAAGCUCACGCUGGUUCGGAAGGUGGAAGGAGACAUCUGGGCCCUGGAGAAUGACGUGAGGGAGUAUCUGAAAGAAGUGACGGGCAAAGAGCUUCCUACACAGGUCAACGAGGUCACCAUGACGCUGACGGUCAAAGGUCACUUUGACAAAGAACUGAAGGAGUGGCUGCUCAGCAAAGGAUUCUGAAAAUCCAGAACUUCCAGACUGGCUCCUGAUUCAAAAUUCUCCUGUGAUCAAAGCUCAGUGGUAACCAUGGUAACAGUGUUUCCUCCACAAAGGAGAUGACUGGAGUUUCAGCAGUUUUGACUUCAUUGGUACAAACCACCCAAACGUACUGUGGCCAUGACAGGCCAUGUAACUUGAUGUUGGUCUUUGUUGAUUGUUACUUUGUCUGAAGAUGGGCACAGCCCAAAAACAUCACUUGGUUAAUAAAGUAACUUUUUUUUGGAAACAGUAAAUGGUCUGCACAAAUUUUCUGUUUUUGGUAUUUUACCAAACUACAUACGUACAGUAGUGUUCAGAAUAAUAGUAGUGCUAUGUGACUAAAAAGAUUAAUCCAGGUUUU